GGGAUGGCUAGCUACCCGCGAACUGCCUAUGCGCAUUACUCACUUGACACUUGACAGUAGCAAUCGGUUUGGCAGCGGAACUUGCCUUGCGUAGUCAUUCAUUUGUUUGUGUGAACGACAACCGUAAACUCGAUUUGAGUGUGUCGUCGUUUUCGCCACAUCAAUAAAAACAUUCGUUAAAAGUUGGAGCAUCUCAUGAUCAUUUUACGAAUCAGCUUUCUGUUCUGUAAAGAGAUACGGUCUCAAGUUUGUGAAGUUUUCAGAAAUCUAUGGUUAAGAUCAGUGUGGCUGGAAUCCGUAUCGGGACAGAUUUCCCCUGCACGUCCAAAACUAGGAAGUUUUUAGUUUCAUUGUUUCAAUCAUUUUGUCCGUGACGAACGGCGUGAAACCCGGGAGUGCUUUUGCUGGAUGUUGGACCGUGAUAAUUAUUUAUUCUACGGUGUGAUUCGGGAAUGCGCGGACUGAAUUUCUUGGAUGCAGAGGCUUUAUUCGAUGAAAGUUGUAGCGUUUACGUCAGUCGAUCUAGGAGGAUACAAGAGAAUAGUUUCAUGGUCAGGCAAUUGCCCUGUUUUCCGAAGCCAAUCGUUUAGUGCCCCAUUCUACCAGAAUGCGUAUUUUUAUCUUAUUUAUCGGUUAGUUUAUGGGAUUUUAUUGUGCGCCAUUUUCCCCUACGUGAUCCAUAAACGGAAUCCGUUGCAUUUGAUUAGCGCGCGAUAUUUCUCACCACGGCAGUGACUGCAUACACAGCGGACACGCGAGCGGAACUGCUGUCGAGUUGGCGAUGCGGUUUAUUUUUAUCAUCCAUCAUGCCAAUUUUUCUAAUAAGGAAUGUGACGGAUUUUAACCACGGGAUAGUGCAUUCCUGAUUGAAAGUGAAUUGGGGGGCUCUAUAAACGGGGGAAAGAGGCAGAAAAGGAGAACAUCAUGUCGGCCGAAGUGCGACUGAAACAGCUGGAACAGAUGUUCCUCAAAGGACCGCAGACCUAUCCGGAUGCGGCGGUCAGCACGGAGACACUGCUGGAUGUUCUCAUUGUUCUCUACGAUGAGUGCACACGAUCAACCUUGCGGAAAGAGCGAACGUUUACCGAAUUUAUUGAGCAUGCCAAACCCGUGGUGGCGAAAGUUAGACAAUUACGUCUGGUUAGAGACGACUUUGAAUUCCUGAAGAUCAUUGGACGUGGUGCGUUUGGGGAUGUGGCCGUGGUGCGAAUGAAAUCAACUGAUAGGAUCUACGCCAUGAAGAUUCUUCACAAGUGGGAAAUGCUGAAACGCGCCGAGACGGCCUGUUUCAAGGAGGAACGGGAUGUGCUGGUCAAUGGGGACGGGAAGUGGAUUACCAAUCUGCAUUAUGCGUUCCAGGAUGACGAAUAUCUGUAUCUGGUGAUGGAUUAUUAUUGUGGAGGGGAUCUGCUGACAUUACUUAUGAAAUUCAACGAUCGAUUGCCGGAAGACAUGGCGAGGUUUUAUGUGGCAGAAAUGAUUCUGGCCAUCGAGUCGGUGCACUAUCUGCGUUAUGUACAUCGAGAUAUCAAGCCGGAUAAUAUUGUCUUAGAUGCCAAUGGACAUAUCCGACUGGCGGAUUUUGGAUCGUGCCUUAAGAUGCUCUCAGAUGGAACUGUACAGUGUAAAACUACAGUUGGUACGCCUGAUUACAUCUCCCCGGAAAUCCUUCAGGCAAUGGAGGACGGUCGUGGAAGAUACGGUCCAGAGUGUGAUUGGUGGAGUUUAGGAAUUUGCAUGUACGAGAUGCUGUUUGGCGUUACUCCCUUUUAUGCGGAAUCUCUGUUGGAAACUUACGCUCGAAUUAUGAACCACACGGUUCAUUUGAAAUUUCCUGAGGAUGUUGAAAUUAGUGAUCCUGCCAAAGAUCUGAUGAAACGAUUGAUUUGUAACGCCGAACACCGUUUGGGAAAGAACGGUCUACAGGAUUUCUGUGAUCAUCCUUUCUUUAAAGGCAUCGAAUGGAAAACCUUGCGAGAAAGCACUCCGCCUUUUAUUCCGGAAGUUUCUAGUCCAACAGACACAUCGAAUUUUGAUAUUGAGGAGAAUGAUGUAAAACACGCUCCCGCUAAACCGCCCAAUGCUAAUGCAGUAUUCUCUGGUCUCCAUUUGCCGUUCGCUGGCUUUACGUUUACCGGUGGAAGCCGUCUUUCUGAUACGGGAAAUCUCGGGGCCGGUGCCGAAAUAGUGACCGAAGAAUCACCCGUUCAAGGCCUGAGCGCUGAGGCUUAUGAAAGGCGGAUAGCACGACUGGAAGCCGAUAAGCGGGAAUUGUCCCGUAAAGUUGUUGAAACCAGUCAAGCAUUACAGCAAGUCGUGCAUGGCAAGCUCCCUUCACAACCCGUCGACCGUCAAACUGACGAUAAUGAAGCAGUCCAGUUGCGAAAAGAGGUCGGAGUCAAGGAUGAAAGGAUAUACUUGUUGGAAGCACAAGUGAACGAUCUGUUGAAGGCCAAAACGGAAACGGAUGGGCACUUGGAGAGAAUGGUGGCCAAUAACGAAAAACUGCAGCAGUCGCUGGAAUUGGCGGAAGGCGAUCAGAAAGCCUUCAAAACUGUUCGGGAUAAACUAGGACGGGAGUUGGGUGAACUGGAAGAUAAGUUAGCGUCUCAGAACAAAGAACUGAAGGAUGCGACGCAUAAACUGAAAUCUUCGUCUACUGAAAUUGCCGAGUUAAAUGAACGACUGGAGGAAUUGCGCAGCGCUAAGCAAAAAUUGAUACGACAGCUCCGAGAGAAAGACGAUGAACUGGAGAAAAGCAAUGCCAAAGUCGAAACUUUACGCCAGGAUAUUAAGCGGGCGGAUGCUUUGCGAAAAGACCUGGAAAUGCGCAAUGAGGCUUUGUCUGUGGAUAUUAGUGCCCAGCGCACCAAUGUGGACAGACAGGAUUCACAGUCGGGCCCGCGGGUAAAUGGUCACACCAACAGUUGUGAAGUGGAUGGUAAUGAGGCUCGCCGGCUAAACGAUGAGAUUACACGACUAAAAAAUGAGCUGGCCGCACUACAACGCCAAUCUGACAGUGAUGCCAAUGCAUCCCGACGGCCAGUUGACGUGGAUGAUGAGAAUGUGCGGCUGAGAGAGCAGCUGACGAAUGUUGAACAGCAGCGGAAUGCACUGCAGCAAGAGAUUCGGAAGCUGGAAGAGCACGGGGAGCAUGUGAAGACUGCCAUGAAAAUUCAGUUUGAAGAACGUGCGAGACUGAUGAAGCGGGAUUAUGACAUCGAAGCCGAAGCACUGGAUGGUGACAACCACCGCUUAAAACGAGAAAUUGAAAGGCUCGAACAAGAUUGUCAGAGUUUGCAAGACGAAGUAUCUGCAAUCAAAGAAAACAAAGCCGACACCACCAAGAAGCUACUACAGAGUGUGACAGAAUUAAAUCAGAUGCUAUCGGACGAAAAGAAUGCUCGCCGCUAUCUCCAGGCUUUAAUGAGCAAACUGUCCGACGAAGUGGAUACAGUCAAGGCGGCCGGAUUGGGUAUCCCGAUGGCCGAUUCCACCUGGCGCAAUCGUAAAUCGCAGAAGCUCAAUAAAUCUGAAUUGCUCAGUCUGCAGUCCAAUUUACAAAGCGAAAUCCAAGCCAAAGAACAGAUUCAUCAGGAAUUACUCAAAGUCAGGACGGAGAUAGCUUCCGUUAACCGGAAACUCACGGACUCAGAGCAAUUAAUAUCGGACCUCAGACACGAAAUUCAGGAUAAAGAUGCUCAAAUUUCCGAAAUGCGCCAUCACUUCGAGGUUGCCGGAAAUUUGUCGGAAAGCCAGCCAUCAAUUCUGGAUAGAUUCCUAAAAGAUGCUGCGGCUAAUGCUCAGAAAACCGAAUCCUCAUGUGAAACCGAGCCUACUCGUCCAUUAUCGAGCUAUACGAACGAUAAUGACGUGCCGGUUUAUGUUCCGCCACUCUCCAUGCCUUCUCAAGUCCAUAAAUUCUCCGUUGAAACGUUCAGUCAACCGACCAAAUGCAUUGCUUGCUCAUCCUUACUGGUUGGACUUAUGCGUCAAGGAUACUCAUGCGGAGUUUGUGGUAUAUCUUGCCAUACGCACUGCCUCAAUCAGGUUCCUGGUCAGUGUCCGCCUCAUCCAAAUCAGGCGAAACGACCACUGGGAAUCGACCCUAAACGCGGUGUAGGAACGGCUUACGAAGGCUACUUACGGGUUCCGAAAGCCGGUGGAGUAAAAAAAGGCUGGGUUAAGCAGUUCGUCGUCAUCUGUGAUUUUAAGCUGUUUUUGUACGAUGUCAUCCCGGAAAAGAAGGACCAACCAAAUAUUGUUGUAUGGCAAGUGUUGGAUAUGAGAGAUGAAGACUUCACUGUGUCCGGCGUUUCGGAUGAAGAUGUUAUUCAUGCUAACAAGAAGGAUGUCAACAAUAUUUUUAAGGUCACCACAACGUUGGUGAAUCCUCCUGGAUUUAGCAAUCAGAUGUUGUUUCUGGCUGACAAUAAAGGCGAUAAAGACAAGUGGAUCAUCGCGUUGACCGAAUUACACCGGAUACUGCGCAAAAACAUCAUCCCUACUAAAACAAUCUUCCGGCCGAAAGAAAUUGUGGAUGAAAGUUUGAACAUCGUGAAAACCUUCACAUCCGCCGCGAUACUUGAUCGAAGUCGAUUGGUGGCUGGAGGCGAAGAGGGAUUAUUUUGUAUUGACGUGGAAAAAGAAGAAGUGCUAAAAAUUGGGGAUACUCGAAAGAUCACUCAAGUGGAGUAUGUCGACGAAGAACAAUUGGUGAUCAUCGCGUCAGGCAAACAACAUUGCAUCCGCCUGAUACCUACCGGCGCUCUGGAUGGUUAUGGCGUCGACUGGGUUAAAUUAACCGAUACCCGCGGGUGCCAUUGUUUUUGUGUGGGACGUCUGACCCGGACGCAUCGUUAUGUCCUGUGUGUGGCCAUGAAACGACACAUCCUGGUUUAUGAAAUCACUCGGGAUAAAGGUCGACAUCGGAAACUGCGGGAGAUCUCGGUGGAUUACAGUCCGCAGUGCUUGGAUGUCAGGAGGGAUAAGUUGUUUGUCGGCUUCCAGUCUACCUUCGGCGUGUUCAGUUUAGAGGAUGAUACGGCCAAUUAUCUGCUGACACGUGAUUUCUAUGGAACCCGGGACGACGCAUCCUCCGUGCCGCGAUUUCUUCUACAGUCUAGCUUGAACGCACUGAUGGCUGUUGAUAUAACGGAAAAAGAAUACCUCUUCGUUUUUGAUGGCCUCGGUCUUUACCUCGAUGAACGUGGAAGGCACUGCAGAACAAAAGAAAUUAUGUUCACCGCCCCACCGCUGCAUAUUGCCUUCUUCCGUCCAUACCUCAUUGUGUACACCGAGAACCACAUCGCCGUGUACGAUGUGAACAGCGGGGACUGGGUGCAGACACUGAACAUGAAACGCGCUCGACCGUUAUCCCGCGAUGGCAGCCUGAACCUGGUCUGUCCCAGUGAUUCGCCCUUGAUUGUCUACCUGCGCGAACUGCAAGCGCCAGCUGAUCUAAUAAUGCCCCGUGAAGUACCUGUUUAUCAACCGGCACCCGAUCGGCGUCGCUCCACAUCGGCCAGCCGCGCCGGUGUUCAGCGCAAACAUCGCCGAUGGUCGGUGAAGUCCAGGGAGUUCGCCGGCAGACAGAACCUCAGUCGUUUACCGGUGGAGAGAAGGUCCCGGUUAAUUUCCGGUCCAUCUGACUUCAGUCAUGUAUCGCAUGUUGGCCCGGCUGAUAGAACUCAAAUUCAACAGCUAAUGGAUCACAGGAACACUGACCGCCGAGUGUCCGGCAGUAAUCUCCGUGUUCCGCCGUCUCCACUCCGACUGGAUGCUACACAAAGUGCUCCCAGUGUACAGUACCGUGGAGAUCGAUCCGUUGCCUCAUCGUAUUCGAGUGGCAUGAUUCCCAGCCAGAGCGGCCACAUGCACGAUGCUGCUAGUCGACAAGCUGAUUUUGGCACAUUUAGCUCACAGUCCAGCUCAUCGUCAUCUAAUCGAGAGAAUAAUUACUGAGAGUCUGAGUGGUUUUUUGUACCAUAAUAUCCAUCAGCUAGGCAUGCGAAAUAUUUUCAGAAGGUCGCUUUUUUGAAAAGUUUUAUAUGUGGACGCUGGAAUUUUGCUGUGAUUAUUGAUGUAAAAUAGCCUUUACACUGCGUCUGGAUCUCGUUGAUAUAUUAUGUUGUUUACUACCCCUGUUAGUUGUGGUUAUUGUGAAAUUAUUUGUUCGGACAGCGAUAUUGAAUAAAGCGGCAGAUGUAUUU